CGACCGGAAACCGGACAUCAACCGGGGCGGAGACAGCCGCAAACCGUGAUGAAUCAGACCCGUUGGGCUCUUCGAGGAGAUGAUUCUGGCCAUGAACGGCGGCGCCCAAUUGGGAGAAGACUGCGCACGUGGGUGCCGUUACUCCAGCGUGGAUGCGCUUGGUUGGGUGUUCUCGGCGGGCCGAGGGAGAGAGCACCUCGGCCUCAGCAGCCACUGUUGAUGGCAGCAUAGAGGAUUCUGACCACGAUUUGCACCAUAAACGGGCUAAAGUGUACUCCGGGUUACAUGAGUGUCAAUUUGCAACCACCAUGCCUUCAGAUGCUGGAAAUUCUAGUUCAACUGCAGAUAGAGACUAUGAUUUUGGUCAAGGCUCUACAUCAUCUCAUAAUGGUGUGUUUUAUCAGAAUUUCUUGUUGAAUAAUGAUGGGGAUGGUAAUCCCUUUGACAAAAGCGGUGGUAAAGGGGAUGGAGAUGAAAAUGGUUCACCAAAGCCAGAAGAUUUAGAAGUUCGAAUGGAUCUAACAGAUGACUUGUUGCAUAUGGUUUUCUCCUUCUUGGACCACGUUAAUCUCUGUCGAGCAGCUAUGGUUUGUAGGCAGUGGCGAACCGCUAGUGCACACGAGGAUUUCUGGAGGUGUUUAAACUUUGAAAACAGGAAUAUAUCUCUAGAACAAUGUGAGGGCAUGAUUAAUUUAUAUCUUUCUGGUAUCAGGAACCUUGAAGCUUUAACUUUGGAAAAAGAAGUGGGCGAUGCCUUUUUCCAUGCAUUGGCAGAUUGUAAUAUGUUAAGGAGUUUGACUAUCAGUGAAACCAUGCUUGGUACUGGUGUUCAAGAGAUUCCUAUAAACCAUGACCGCUUGCGUCAUCUAAAACUUGCAAAAUGCCGUGUUAUGCGAUUAUCCAUUAGGUGCCCGCAACUAAGGAGAUUGUCAUUGAAACGAAGCAACAUGGCACAGGCUUUGCUUAAUUGUCCAAUAUUGCGUCUUCUUGAUAUAAGUUCCUGCCACAAACUUUCAGAUGCCGCAAUUCGUUCUGCAGCAACUUCAUGCCCUCAAUUAGAGUCUUUAGACAUGUCAAAUUGUACUUGUGUCAGUGAUGAAACGCUCCGUGAAAUUUCUCUCACCUGCAUAAAUCUCCAUUUUUUGAAUGCCUCUUACUGCUCUAACAUAUCUCUUGAGUCUGUAAGAUUGACCAUGUUAACAGUUCUUAAGCUUCACAGCUGUGAGGGUAUCACUUCAGCUUCAAUGGCUGCAAUAGCUCAUAGUUAUAUGUUAGAGGUCUUGGAGCUUGAUAAUUGUAACCUUUUGACCUCUGUGUCCUUGGAUCUUCCUCGCUUACAAAGUAUUCGAUUGGUUCAUUGUCGCAAAUUUGCUGAUUUAAACUUGCGAAGUACCAUGCUGUCAUCUAUUAUGGUGUCUAAUUGCCCAGCACUUCAUCGUAUUAACAUCACUUCAAAUGCGCUUCAAAAACUAGCAUUGCAGAAGCAGGAAAACUUAACAACAUUGGCACUGCAAUGUCAAUGUUUGCAGGAAGUGGACCUAACAGAUUGUGAAUCAUUGACAAAUACUAUUUGUGAAGUAUUUAGCGAUGGUGGUGGAUGCCCAAUGCUAAAAUCAUUAGUUCUUGAUAAUUGCGAGAGCUUGACAGCAGUCCGGUUCUGCAGUACUUCUUUAGUCAGUCUUUCCCUUGUUGGUUGCCGAGGUGUUACGUGUCUUGAACUUAUGUGCCCCAGUCUUGAGAAAGUUUGUUUGGAUGGCUGUGAUCAUCUUGAAAGUGCAUAUUUUUGUCCUGUUGCUCUUCAGUCACUAAAUCUGGGAAUAUGUCCUAAACUGAAUGCACUCAGUAUUGAAGGGCCAUGUAUGGUGUCUCUUGAGUUGAAAGGAUGUGGCGUUUUAUCUGAGGGUUCCAUCAACUGUCCUCUCCUGACAUCUCUGGAUGCUUCCUUUUGCAGCCAACUUAAGGAUGAUUGUCUGUCUGCAACCACUGCUUCGUGCCCGUUAAUCGAAUCACUGAUAUUAAUGUCAUGUCCAUCUAUUUGUCCUGAGGGACUUUACUCUCUGCGGUGGCUUCCAAAUUUAACUCUGCUUGAUUUGUCAUAUACUUUCCUGACAAACUUGCAGCCAGUUUUUGAGUCUUGUCUGCAGCUAAAGGUGUUAAAAUUACAAGCAUGCAAGUAUCUAGCCGAUGACUCAUUGGAGCCUCUUUACAAGGAAGGUGCUUUACCAGCACUUCAGGAAUUGGACUUAUCUUAUGGGACCCUCUGUCAAUCUGCUAUGGAGGAGCUUCUUGCAUGCUGUACACAUCUAACUCACGUUAGCUUGAAUGGUUGUGUGAACAUGCAUGACCUGAACUGGGGUUCUGGCGGUGGUCAGCUCCUUGAAACUGUUUACCAGUCAUCUGUUGAUAUGUUUACAUGUGAAAACAUCAAUGAGCCGAUUGAGCAGGCCAAUCGGCUACUUCAGAACCUCAAUUGCGUGGGUUGCCCUAAUAUUAGAAAAGUUCUUAUUCCACCAGCAGCUUGCUGUUAUCAUUUGUCUUCAUUAAACCUCUCUCUAUCUGCAAAUUUGAAGGAAGUCGAUCUUGCUUGUUUCAAUUUGGUCUUCCUUAAUUUGAGCAACUGUUGCUCUUUGGAAAUACUGAAGCUAGCAUGUCCAAAAUUGACUAGCCUCUUUCUUCAGUCUUGUAAUGUUGACGAAGAAGCAGUUGAAACUGCCAUUGCUCAAUGUAGCAUUUUGGAGACUUUAGAUGUCCGUUUUUGUCCGAAGAUAUGUUCGAUGAGUAUGGGGAGGUUACGAGCUGCAUACCCUAGUUUGAAGCGCAUCUUCAGCAGCCUUUCAUCAUCAUAAUAUGAUUGAGAAUUUUGUCUAAUUCUUGAGAGCGUAUUCGCUUCUAUUGCUCGUUUGCAAACCAAGUUGGUGUUUGUAGCCAUGAUGUGCUCUUCAAUGUUGUAAAUGAUCAUCAGUUUGUUGGGUGUGGAUACUUAAUGCAUUGCAGAUCUCAUGUAAUAGUAAAAUAAGUAAUCUUUUUGUUCUUCUUUUGUGUUUUUGGUCAUCUCAUAGUCCUUUUAAGAAGUAUAUUUCUUAAACUGGUAUACUUAAUCCUUCCUCAUGUUCAAUUAGCCUUAAAAGCUUUGGUUAUCUCUGAA